GUUCGUUUGCCAAAACACUUCCGCUUAGUUCUCACUCCCAACCUGGCUCAGCCUUUCCCAGCGGAGUUGUCUGCGUGAGCGGCUAUCACUGCAGGGCAAGUCACGUACACACAGAAGUAAAGAUGCCACCAAAGAAGGGAGAAGCCCCGAAGCAACCCCCGUUGAUUGGACGCUUCGGGACGUCGCUUAAAAUUGGAAUUGUGGGCCUGCCUAACGUCGGGAAAUCCACCUUUUUCAACGUGUUGACCAAAAGUCAAGCAGCAGCUGAGAACUUCCCCUUCUGCACCAUCGACCCCAAUGAAAGCAGAGUGCCUGUCCCUGACGAACGUUUUGAUUUCCUCUGCACGUAUCAUAAACCAGCCAGUAAGGUUCCCGCGUUCCUGAAUGUGGUAGAUAUCGCCGGCCUGGUGAAGGGGGCCCACGCGGGACAAGGACUGGGAAACGCGUUCCUCUCCCACAUCAGUGCCUGUGACGGCAUCUUCCACAUGACACGUGCCUUUGAUGAUGAGGACAUCAUUCACGUAGAGGGCAACGUGGACCCAGUGCGGGACAUGGAGAUCAUCCACGAGGAGCUGCGGCUCAAGGACGAGGAGAUGAUCACACCCAUAAUCGACAAGCUGGAGAAGACGGCGGUCCGAGGCAAUGACAAGAAGCUUAAACCUGAAUACGAAAUCAUGUUAAAGGUGAAGAACUGGGUGGUCGACGAAAAGAAACACGUGCGAUUCCAUCACGACUGGAACGAUAAAGAGAUAGAGGUUUUGAACAAGUACCUGUUCCUCACGUCCAAACCGAUGAUCUACCUGGUCAACCUCUCAGAGAAGGAUUACAUCAGGAAAAAGAACAAGUGGUUGGCAAAAAUCAAGGAGUGGGUGGACGCUCACGACCCUGGCGCCAUGGUGAUCCCCCUCAGCGGAGCAUUGGAGUCCAAACUAUUUGACAUGGAAGCAGAAGAGCAGAAGAAAUACUGCGAGGAGCAAAAGACACAGAGCGUCCUGACCAAAAUAAUCAAGACUGGCUACGCGGCGCUACAGCUGGAGUACUUCUUCACAGCGGGACCGGACGAGGUUCGAGCGUGGACUGUCAGGAAGGGCAGCAAAGCGCCGCAGGCGGCGGGAAAGAUCCACACCGACUUCGAGAAGGGCUUCAUCAUGGCCGAGGUGAUGAAGUUUGCCGACUUCAAAGAGGAGGGCAGUGAAAAUGCGGUUAAGGCUGCUGGGAAAUACAGACAGCAGGGUCGGAACUACAUAGUGGAGGACGGAGACAUCAUCUUCUUUAAAUUCAACACACCCAAUGCGCCAAAGAAGAAAUAAGAAUGUCAAAAAAAAUAUUUUUAAGAGGAAAAUGCCAUCCCUGUUUUGCUUUUUAUUGAUCACACACAGAAGGCCUUCUAUGUGCCCUGGUAUCAUGUGGACUUUCUAAGAUGCCCCCUCAUCAUCAAAUAUGCACAUGUCAAUAAAAUUGGAUGGAACCCACUCGUUUUCAUGACAUUAAAUUUUUGACGUUAUCAUCCCA